AUGGGAAUUAAUUCAUAUGAUCCACAAAUUAUUCCCUUAUUAGCAGAUAUUGCUUUUGCAAUAACUGAAGAUCUAAUAUUAAGGUCUAAUGAAUAUGCAAGAAUAAAUUCAAGAGAUUUUAUAGAAGAAAUAGAUGCAAGAAUGGCUAUAAUGGAAUAUAUGGAAUCUAAUAUAAUGGUUCAACACUCCGAUUCUGCUAUGAGAUCCCUUUCAACUGAAAUUAAUUCACUUCCAUUACCUAGUGUACCUAAUAAAGGAGUAUUAAGAGCAUGGUUUCCUAAUGAAGCUAUUAUGACAACAUCUCCUAACUGGCAUCCUGAUAUAGAAUCAAUAGAAACUAGUCUUAAAUAUAAUUCAAAUAAUUAA